CGGUAGCGCGCCCAGGCCACGCCGGGAGCUUGGCGCGCCAUGUCGGCUGCGGAGGCGGCGGGUGUUUUCCACAGAGCGCGGGGCAGGACCCUGGACGCGUUUCCCUCAGAAAAGGAAAAGGAAUGGCAAGGCCCAUUCUACUUCCUGCAAGGUGCAGACCCUCAGUUUGGGUUGAUGAAGGCCUGGUCCAGCGGGAACUGUGACAGUGGUGGUGACGAGUGGGGACAGGAGAUCCGUCUCACCGAGCAAGCCGUCCAGGCCAUCAACAGGCUGGACCCCAAACCCAAGUUCUUUGUGCUGUGUGGAGACCUUGUUCACGCCAUGCCCGGCACACCCUGGCGGAAGGAACAGACGCGGGACCUGCAGCGGGUGCUUGGCGAGGUGGACAGGGACAUCCCGCUGGUCUUUGUCAGUGGCAACCACGACCUGGGCAACGUGCCCACGGCCGAGACCGUCGAGGAGUACCGCCGCACCUGGGGAGACGACUACUUCAGCUUCUGGGUUGGGGGCGUCCUGUUCCUGGUGCUUAACUCCCAGCUCCUGUUCGACGCGUCACAGUGCCCCGCCCUGAAGCAGGCACAGGAGCAGUGGCUGGAGCAGCAGCUGAGCCUCGCCAGGCAGCGAAGGUGCCGCCACGCCAUCGUCUUCCAGCACAUUCCUCUCUUCCUGCAGAGUGUGGACGAGGACGAUGACUACUUCAACCUCACCAAGCACGUGCGCCAGGAGAUGGCUGACAAGUUCAUUGAAGCAGGUAUCAAAGCCGUGUUCGCAGGGCACUACCACAGGAAUGCCGGCGGCACCUACCGCAGCCUCGACAUGGUGGUGUCAUCUGCCAUCGGCUGCCAGCUAGGCAGGGACACCCAUGGGCUCCGAGUCGUGGUGGUCACCGCAGACACCAUCGUGCACCAGUACCGCAGCCUGGACCAGCUGAGUGAGGAAGGGAUAGGGGAUGAGCUCAUGGCCUUGCUGCAGAAGAAAUGACGGCCGCCAGGAGCCACUAUCUCCACGCCCACUGCCCUGCAUUUUGCCAGAAUCACCAGCACCGACAGGCAAUUGCUGGAAUGUAAGAACAGGCAGACAGGCAGGAUUGUCACUUCCUGUCCUCAGGGCAUUAUCCCUGGAGUUC